UACAAUAUGGAAAUAAGAUUUCCAAUUAUAAUAGCGACCGUGAUUGUAACAUCACUGCAAUGCUCUUAUGGAAUCACUUUCGAUGGCGAAAGACCGAAACCCGAUGGAACAGGUCCGAAUAUUUGUGGGGCCAUCAUCUCACAAUGUAUGCACAGAUGCAAAUCCCGUGAAAGCGAUGGGAAUCUUGGAACGGAAUAUGUACAACUAACCAUUAAUUUUCUCACCAGCGAAACUACUUGCAUUACAAGCGAAACAGAAGUAAAUGAAUUGGUUUCAGCAAACCCACCAAAUUCGGAUAAGUCCGUAGUGGUGUUCAAUGUACCAUGCUGUCAACAAAGACCAUAUCAAAUUCCGGCUACAAAGUCUACAACAACAACAAUACAACCUGUAUCAGUAGUGGACACCAGGUCAACAAUGACUCUAAACGACAGAGCUAUUACACCUAAUACGGUAUCGAAAGAAAGUUCAGUGGUAACAACAACAUUGUCCCCAACCACUUCAUCGACCACAAGGCUAUCACCCUCUCUCUCUACCACAACUACGUCAACGAAAGUGAACAAUACCCCAGGAACUGGAAAAGUGACGGGGGAUCCCACUAAAACCAAGGCAUGGGAUGACAUGCUUCUUUUGGUUGUAACCAUACUCUGUUUUGUUCUGCUCUUACUAAUAUUGGGGAUCAUGCUUUAUAAAAUUAUGAAGAAACGACGUCGAAGAAAAAACCUGAAGAAUGCGUCAACAGGUUCUCCUGCAACCAGCACAACAUUGAAUGGCGCAGUUUUGACAGGAAUAUCAAACGAGAAGCGACAAGAAAAAUCUGCUAUGGAAGUUAUUAGUAAAGUUGUGAAAAGUAUACCGCCGCCAGACGACUAUUACGAGGGGCCCGAGCUACUGGGAUCAGGAUACAUGACACCCUUACAAAGGGAUCCCAACACAGACUACAUAGUGUUGGAUACGAUGACCACGCCACCAAAAUCUAGAUCAUCAAGGGGCCGAGGACAAGAUGAAGUGCUGAUCGUUGGAACGGGACGUAAAAACAAGCAUAGAAACGAAAAUACUAUCCAAUACAUUCCAAAUGGCCAUGCGGGAGGUUACUACAAAGGGAACUCACUCAGUAACACGAAUAAUACCCAAUCACCUAAAGUCGUAAGCACUGGAACGUGGUCAGCAACAACCGUGAGGCCACAACUCCCAGAGCGAAACUUCGAGGCAAUAAAUCAAAAGCGACGCUCAGACUCGUUGCCACAAAAUUUUAUGGGCCCAACAGGAGAAGUUGAAUACGACAAAGUAGCGUCGGAUAUGGCCAACAUCACACAAGAUGAAAGGGAGCGGGUUCGAGCGCAAACUGUGGCUGCUUCAGGAGCUGAACGAAAAAAUGGCCAGUUUGAUCAAAACGUUUAUAAUACACUGCGUGAAGAGAAGAAAGGCCAAGUUGGAGACGUUUACGACCUUCUUAGAGACGAGAAAAAGGUACAAGAAGAAGGGGACUACCAACGCUUAAAUCGAGUUGAUUCAAGAGCGAACGGUUCUUUCAGCGAAGAAAAGAAACUUUCACCACUACCCAAAUCGCAGAAAUCUGAUUCAUUCGACGAAAAUGAGGAAAUUGAAAAUGAAAAUAAGCAAGAAAGCGAAUAUCAAAGAUUAAAUAUAGCUGAACAUACCACCGUGGAUACAUAUAAUCAUAUAGACAAUUUAACGGAAAGCCCACCAAAAAGUCGUUCAACGUCUUUAGAAGAUGAUUACGUACAGGAAUUUCAAAUCAUGAAAAAGAAGCGCUCAUUGCCUGAUGGCGAGGAACAGAUUAUAUAUCCGGGGUCCGGUGACCCCGAAAACAAUAAUUCAGAUGAUGAGACAAAACAACUUACAUCUCCUUACGAAAACUCGAGCAGACAAAAAUUUCGGAAGCCAGUCAAUUUUACAAAUAACCACAACAAUCCGAUUUUGAGCAUCAAGUUAAAGAAAAAAGGCAAUGAAAAUUACAUGGACAGAAUAGAUUCAGUUUCUGCACUAGAGUCCGAAGAUCUUUGAUGAAAAUAUGAAGGUAUGUGUCGAGAUGGUGGAUAUUUGAGCAUUUCCUCACACUGAUAUAUCUCAGCAUUUUCUCACACUGCGGGGUAAAAAGGAAAGAGAAAAAUGAAAUACCGGUUUGUGGCCAUAGAUUUUGCUAAAUCGAAACAUUACGAAAACUGGUCGACGAACUGAGUAAUUUGCCUGAAAGUGGAUAAUGGAAAUAUGCGUGUGAAUUUGCAAUAGAAUAUGACCGGAAAUUGGAAUGAAUUCAUUGGUAAAUAGUUCGAGAAUAUCAUUAAUCUUUGAAGAUUUUGACGAGAUAACACAAACCGAAAUGUAGCAAAUUGAUAUAUUUAAUAUAGCAUAUUGUGGAACCGGACCAACUAAUAAUUGAAACGUCAAUGAUAACGGAAAUGCAUUGCAUAAAGCAAAUUGAAAGUAGAUAUUAACGUGACAAUCGAUUAUAAGAGAUCACAAUAUUCGUCAUAACGUUCUAUUUCAUUCGAUCCGUAUAAAUCGUAAUUUAAGCAUCAAAAAACGUGCACGUAAACCAUUUGGCAUAAUUAAUUUAAGCAAUAUAAUUACAUUCGUGAUAUUUUGUAUCUGCACGAAUAUGACACCCAAAACUGUCAUGGCAUUUCUCAGUAAAUUAUGCAAGCUGCUCACGCCUAAUGACGUAAAUGCCAUAAUAUAUUUCCAGAUGAAGUGAACGAUUCCAUAAUAUAGCAACACAUAGUCGUACCUAAGCAGUUUGAAAUAGUAAAAUUCAUAAUAUAUGACUGAAUUGUGCUGUAGAUUCGCAUCUAAGUACACAUAAAAUGAAAUCGCGAUAUAUUACUCUUGGAUGAAAUUUUUUGCAAGACUGCCGAUAGACCUGGGUACAGUAUGGAAAUACUAAAAAGUUGAUGUUCCCCCAACACUCUCAUUUGAAAAACGUUCCGCAUUAUUGCAUUUGAGGGAAUGAAAUGUUUCAAAAUAUCAGUGGGUAUUCCGAUUUUCGCUACAGAGUCAUAUUUCUCGAAUGUAUUCAAUAGUAAUUUUCAAUACUACUUUAGAUUAAAAACUCGAUUAAUAUUUAUUUUUCGAUUCUAUAUUUUUGAUGUUGAAUACUAAUUUCUAGUUUUCAAUAAGUAUUGAUUAAGUUUUGUUGUUAAGUUUCUGUUUUUACAGAAAAUAGCACAAAAUUUCAUGGAUCGAAAAAGGGAAAAAUCGUGGUUCAUUAUAGCGAAAUCAUAAUGGGGUUCACAACAAUUAUACACCACGAAAACGCAGCGAGUUUCGUUGCAGGUAUCGUGAUGACGUCGUUUGGCUUGCAUUUGUUAUUUUUGAUUUCAGUUUUAUCAAAACUACGUGACACUGGCAGGUGAUUUGUUGUGGAUUUCCCCCGGUACCUAUUUCUGUUUGAGCCACCCUUAUUUUUUAAUCGAAACCUAAAGCUGCCAAACUAAAUGCAGAAAAAUGACAGCACAAAAAUCUUCUAACUAAUGCUUCCCUGAUCAUAUUGAACAUCGCAGGAGUGAAAGUUCACAUAUUUUUUUAUUGAAUUGUUCAACUUGUCCUUUCUGUUUACAUACUUUUAAACAUUGUGUAUAUGCCUCAAUCAUCUUUAUUGCAAAUUUUUGAUAUAAUAAAUUAUGAAUUUUAUGACUAAUUUCUA